AUGCUCAGUAUUACAGUAGUUCUAGGUGGCCUAUUUGACAGCUCAACGUCAAGAACACCUUCCUCCUUAGCCCUCUAUUUGAAGAGGUCUAUAUGUAGCAACCCUAUGGGUUUAUGGAUCCUAGCCGGCCACAACAUGUCUGCAAACUUCACAAGGCUAUCUACGGCCUUAAACAAACACCACGCGCUUGGUUCCAAUGAUCAAUCUCAUAAUAUGAUUUUACUUGUCUACAUUGACGACAUCAUACUCACGGGGAGCAAUCAGUCACAUUUAAAUGCCUUUAUUGAUAUGUUGGGCGCCGACUUUGAUGUUAAAGACCUUGGCAAGUUACAUUAUUUCCUUGGCAUCGCAAUCACCUAUCACUCUGAUUCUGUUCAUCUCAAUCCAACCAAAAAUGCCCUUGGUAUUCUCAAAAGAAGCAAUAUGCAAGAUUGUAAACCGAUCUUUACACUAAUGGCUUCUAAAGGCAACCUUUCUCACACUCAUGGCAUGGCUUUGCCUGAACCCACUGUCUAUAGACAACUUGUCAGUGUUCUAUAG